UUGCUAAAAUUACAUUUAAUAAUUUUACCUUAAGCAGCAUGUUAUAUGGACACUGUGUCCUAUGACACUCGGACACAAUCAGUGGCACUGACACUUUGUCCACUGACACUGACACUGUGUCCACCGACACCCGGCCACAGCGAGUGGCACUGACACUGUGUCCACCGACACUCUGCCACAGUGGCUGACACUGACACUGUGUCCACCGACACUCUGCCACAGUGGCUGACACUGACACUGUGUCCACUGACACUCGGCCACAGCGAGUGGCACUGACACUGUGUCCACCGACACUCUGCCACAGUGGCUGACACUGACACUGUGUCCACUGACACUCGGCCACAGUGGCUGACACUGACACUUGUCCACCGACACUCGGCCAUAAUGAGUGACACUGACACUGUGGACGGCACCGAGUGUCCGCCACUGAGUGUCCGCGCAUCUAUGGUUUUGAAAACAACUUUUAUGCGAUUUACUUACAUAUACAUAGCGUGGUAAUUAUUAUAGAAGUAUUUGGCUAAAAUACUUAGCACGAAAUUAAUAAUUAGCAACUCAUGCGACGAAAUUAAUAAGAAUGAAAAUCAUGCAAGCAAAUAUUGUUACCUAUUUAUUAAUGAAAGACCAAAUUGAGACAAAGUAGAAAAGUGAGGGCGAAUGAAUGAAUCGAUGGAUAUGCAAAUCUUCUAUGUACGAGUGCAUGUCCAAGUCGGUGAUCGUCGGGAGCACGCUGGUACACAUGUGCUUACCACUAAAUCGUCUAAAUCUGAGUAUUCUUUAAUUAAAAUAUAUACCUCAAAAUAAAUAGGAGACUGUUUUAGCCCGGCUUUCCUGAUCAAUUAACAUUUUCCGUGCACGUGAAAUAUGAGUUGGCAAGCCAGCAAGUUGGGGGGCGGGUCACGUGCUAAAAAUGGAAUUGGUUCUUUUUCUGGACUGCUGCGACCAAAGUGGGGGUGGACCGGAAAUCACGAGGCUCGAUUAUUGCAUCUGUUCGAGACAGGGUAUAAAAGUGACUUGAUGCUGAACCUUUAUCCUGAAGGAUUAAGGCUUCCAGUGCAUAAAAUAUUUCUUGAGGCCGGCUCCCCCGUGCUGGAUGGCAAAAUCAAACCGGAAACGGAGGAGAUCAGGAUUGAAAAUGUGGAUACUCGCGUUUUCAAAAUGCUGAUUAAGCAUUUGUACACUGGGAAAUCGGACGUCGGGAUGGGCGAUGCACUGCAGCUGAUGCAACUUGCAACCGAGUAUGAAGUCAGCGGUUUGAGGGACGAGUGCGCUCAGAUUUUGAAGGGCGACUUGACCUUGGAAAAUGUCCUUUCAUUGUUUCAAAGUGGGAUGGAAUACGCGCACGGGGACUUUAUUCAGUCAACGCUCAAAUUCAUUUGCAAGAAUGCACGAAAAGUUUUGAAAUCUGACAAAUUUUCCAAGUUGCGAUUGGAGUGUUUGGUAGAAAUAAUUCAGCAGGAUUCGCUCGUAGUGAUGAACGAGAUGGAAGUGUUCGACGCAGUGAACCGAUGGGGCAUAGCUGAGUGUUUACGACAAAAUCUGGAUCCUGCAAAUGCUGAAAGUCUUCGAAAGUGUCUCGCCAAACCGCUGAGUCAUAUCCGGUUUUCUUUAAUGGAUCCGGCCGAGUUUGCUCUGAACGUGACGACCAAGAAACUUCUCAGCAUGGAAGAAUCGAUGGAGCUGUUGAAUUGUUUUCUUGUCCCGCCUGAGAAGAGAAAUAUGCUCCCACCAGGAACAUUUGUGUCCACUCCGCGCACCUACAUUAACAAGGACAUCGUUCUCACGCGGACCUUUCCCGAGGGUGCGAGACUGAUUCAAAGCAUAACUUGUGCGGGAAAUCCAAAUGGAAGUGAAACGAUUAUGAUUCGUGUUAAGGAAAACGUCUCACUGAAAUCAAUUUCAGUUCCGAAAGAAAUUUUUGACGUAAAUCCAGCCUAUCUUUAUUAUUACGAUUUGAUCAAGUGUACUCUGUCAUGCGAGAGUGAAGUCAAGAAUGUCGACACCCUUGUCACCAAAUUCGACACUUACGAGAGGGGUGAAGUCUACUUGCGCAUUUCCAUCGAUCCGCCGUGCAGACUUAAUGUGUUGGAUGGAUGGGUCAAGGUUACGAUGAGUUUCUCCGGUGACGUGGGAUAUCAUGGUCUUACGCAAACCGUGGCCAAUAAGGGAAUUUUUGAUAUCAUUCAGCACGUCUUUCCUCCGAACGGAUGCAACAGAAUGAUUACAAAUUAUGUCGGUUUAUUCCCUGAUCCCGUCAUGGAAGAAAAUGCUACUCGAGUCAUUAUUAAACGACGUGAAAGAGACCAGCUCGGAGUCAAUUGUGGGUUUAUUGAGAAGAUGGAAUUUGAACUGGUUUAAUAAAUAUUUAAGGGCUUCAUUACUCUUUUUUGGUACAUAAUGUAAUAUUGUAAUAUUCCUUUUCACAUUAUUUAUAUUUCCAAAUUUCAGUGCUAUGACACAAUUCGAAUGUCGAUACAUAUUUAUACAUUGUUUACAUAUAAUAUAUUUACAUAUAUAUUUACAUAUUAUAAUAUAUUAUAUUUAAACAUUAAAUUUUCAUGUAUUUAUGUUAAUGUAAGAUACAUAUGUAUGAUCCAUUUUGUUGUGGACGAAAUAAAGCAUAAAUACAUACAUGUGUAUGUACAUAAAAUACAGAAUACGUA